AUGAAGCUUAAUCUUCCCCUUUGCAAGGAAUUUUUUGAGAAGAUAACAACCCAUUUAGAGCAUGAUAAUUUCAAAUUGACUGUUGCUAGAGAUCAACCCUCCAUUGCUUUGCCUUACUACUUAGACAAAAAUGCUCACCACAUAGAAUUAGUUACCUUCAAAUCCACAUUCCUAUCUCUUUUCCAAGAAUCGCAUACAUAUUUCAACGGGACUCUCUCAGAUCAAAAACUGAAUUACGUUUUCGACGAAAACAUUUACUUUAUGACUAUUGGACUUUUACUCACAACACCUGAAAACAAAACGAUACAUAAUAUACAUGAACAGUUGCUAAGGAAGUAUUUCCAAGAUAAUAGUAUUUUAAGCAUACCAAAUCUAUUUGUUAAGGAAGUAAGACUAGUUCAACGGCUGCUUUGUUCGUCAAGCAAUCGCAUCAACAAGUCCUCAUCACUCUGGAUAUUAUACCGCAAGUUAUACGUUUUGUCGCUUGGUGCGAAGACACCUGUCUUCCCAGAUUUUUGCUUUUUAUUCAAUUCUUCUGCAUCUCAACAUUUUUCCAAUUAUUAUUGUUGGAAUACUGCCAGAUGGUUUUACGAUAACUCAACGUUUGAUAAAAAAAAAGAGCUGUUUGAUUUGACCAAAAGAUUUUGCUUUCAGCAUAUUAAGGAUUGUUCAUCGUGGAGCACAUUAGCCUAUAUGGUAUGCCAGCAGAAAUUGAAAAAUGUGUACAACAUACAUGAUUUUCAAAGACUAACAAGUUCAUUUGAUCUACAGAUCAAGCCAAACAAGGCAGACUUGGAUUUUCAGAUACCAGGUGCUGAUGUAUUUCCUCGAGAACUGGUAGAAUGGAUUGAUAAUACAUAUGUUGCAGACUGGCCCCCGUAUCUAUGUUUUUUGCAAAUAACGGAACUUAAUCUCUACCCCGGAAUUAGCAUAGAUUCUGUCCUUUCGACUUGGAAAACUCAAGUUCAAAUUUUCGAAGAAAAGUGUGGCUGUAUCAAAUUGAAAAAUAACGCUCCAGUUGUACCUGAACAGUUUACAAGUGAUUUGCUAAUUUCAGUAAAUUUUGUGCAUUUUGGCUAUAAAAAGCUACUAAAUAUACUUUUCGAUAAAAAUAAGACGAAAAAGAACAACUAG